UUUCCGCACUACCCAGUCAAUUAUUCUUUUAUUUUUGUUAUUAUUGUUCCGAGCGUGCGAACGCGAAUGUGCCAAAAUGAGAAUUUUCUCAUGAAAUCAUUUUUCCCGUCAGGGCCGCCGAUCCAACCCACACUCUUCGGCUGCAUGCAUUUAUCAAGGCAAGGACCUUGCAAGGCCACACCGAUUUCAGAUGGAAGCGGUCACCAGAAGUCCUGCUGCCAAUCAGCAGAAUUUCACUCAGGCAGCUGACCAAACUGCACAGGUUGUGUUUCGAGAGAUUUACAAAAACGCCUGGCUUCGGAGAAUCUCAUCUAAUUCUAAAAAUUCUGCUGGUGGAGCCUAUCCAAAGCGAGGCGAAAACGUGUGGGUUGUGUUUUGCGUCCAUGACGACCGAGAGCCAUUCCUCGAGGUCUACCUGGACCAGAAGGUGGCCAUCUCGCACCGGCCUGACUGGUGCGCCCCUUUGGCCACCUGUCUGCACAUAUCUCCCACUAUAUGUGCAGCGCCAGGCGACCAGUAUGAGUUUGUCAUUACUUUGAGGAAUGGCGUUAUCAAAUUGGCAGCAACUUCUUGGGACAUCAUGAUGGACUGGGUCAACUCUUUGCGGUCCAAACUGGUCGAAAUGAAAAUCCUUUCUCCCCAGGAGAAUGUCUACACCCAAGCUCCACAGGCCCCUCGAUUUCCUCUGCUGCCCACCAGAGACCCAAACUCUCCACUCCCCCCUACCCCAGCAGGACCCUUGGCAAUUGUUCCUGGAACAGAACUGCCCCCUCAGCAAUCAGCUGAUCGUGUUCAGAGUGAUUCAACAAAUCAGUCCACAACUACAGUUAGUGUGAAUUUCAAUCCCAGAUCUGAGACUAGUGCUGCAAGUGCGAGCCCAAGACCCUCAACAACUCAAGAUUCGAGCACCAAUUCAAAUAUUUUCUCCAGAUCUAUAUCUGUCAACGUGGAAUCUGGCCAAAACGUAACUGUGAUCGAACUGGAAGGUCCGUCCCCAUCCUCAGCCCCCUCAGGCUCGGGGGUGUUCAACUUUGAUGUGAUCAGCAGCACCAUCAGUGACACAGAACUCAGUCAGUACGAGCGCCUCUACCUGGGCCACACUAGCCAGACGGACCCUAACGAGCCCAUGUCCCCGCUGCUCAUGGCCAGCGAGCAGCCUGAAACGUCCGCCACUCCUUCCAACCCUCCCGAGCGCCAAAAUGAGUCUGAAGGAAAUUCUGUGAGGCAGGCGCCUCCCCCUCCUAGGAGUGAAGAGAGACGACCUACUCUGCCUCCAGGAAGGGUGCAUGACACCCCUAGGAGGAAACGGGGGCCUCGGCUUGAUCUCCCCCGGAGACCUCUUUUGCGACCGCCGAUGCUGCCUCCAGUUUUGACUCUUCGGGAGCAGCAGGUGUUGGAAAUCACCAGAGAGAUAAGACACCCGGGCGGCGUCAGAUUGCAGCUGAGAAAGAAGGACUGCAUUAGCUCGGUUGCCUUUGUUGACGCUUUUGGGGCUGUUUGGAUUGCUGGUUGGAAGCAAAAGGUCCACCCUCAUCUCUACAAUGCACUCCAUAUUGGUGACAGGGUUCUCAGCGUCACUGGAGUUCUUGUUCCUAAUGCAUCCGAGGCAAACAAUCUCAUCAAAGCCUGCUGUUCACCAUUUAUUGAAAUUAUUGUGAGACGAGUGCCCUUUGGCCGAGUAUUCGCAAUUCGAAAGGACGUCGAAGGCCAAGAUGUGGGUCUUGAAUUAGAGGGCAGCACCGCCGAGAUAAAAAGUGUGCGCCACCUGAGUCCCGCAGCCCGGGCAGGAGUUCCACCAAAGGCGCCCUCCUGUGAUGGCCUCUCCCUCUGCAACUGGGUACUGACCGAGGUCAACAGCCGGCCGCUGAAUUUGUUUUUCAAAGACAGCGAGGUCAGGGAUAGACUGAACGCAGUUGGCAGAGACAUGUCAAUUCUGAUCCACCCUUUCGACUUGAUCAAGCAGAUCAAAAAGCAGCUCAAGAGCAUUAAAAACUACAAGGAAUACCUGGUGCAAUAAAACUAUACAUUCCAAUUGCAAGUCUGACAAUUAUGCAAUCGCAGAAUGAUCAAGAUGUCAAUAUACUUACUAAGCUGAUUCGUUUGUUAAUUUGUGAUAUUUAAUAAUAAUAAUAAUUUAAAAUCA